CCGAUCAAGAACAACAUGGCGGCCAACAUGGCGAUUUGUCACAUUAAGAAGAAUCUAACAGCUUUGAGGCAAUAUCCUCGCGUAGCUUUGAACAACAUAAGAGAUUUACCUGAAGCAUUCAAAGCGCAACACCGUAAAGGACGUGGUAGAGGAUCUGGACGUGGAAAGACUUCUGGACGUGGCCACAAAGGACAGGGUCAACGAAAUACAAAACCUAGGCUUGGAUUUGAAGGAGGCCAAACACCUCUCUAUCUUCGUGUCCCAAAGCAUGGCUUCAAAAACAUAUACAAAAUGCAUUAUAGACCUCUGAACUUAAACCGCCUUCAGUUCUUCAUAGACAGUGGCCGUCUAAACCCCAAUGCACCCAUUACCAUGUAUCAUCUUUGGAGAUCAGGAGUUACUGGAGGAAGAAUAAAGGAUGGGGUUGUAUUGCUGGGAGGGGGUACAACUUGGUUCCAAGCUAAAGUUGAUAUCGAGGUUAGCAAAGCAUCAAAAACUGCUAUAAAAGCCAUUGAACGACAGGGUGGAAAAAUCACAUGUGCUUAUUACAACAAACUGGGCCUUCGUUUGUUACUUAAACCAGAAAAGUUUGAAGGGAAAAGGAUUCCAAGAAGAGCUCGUCCUAAUACAAAGUUAAUGGAAUAUUACACAAGUGUUGAGAACAGAGGAUACCUGGCAGAUCCUGAUGAACUUGAAAAGGCCAGGCAACUUACUUACAAACUUGAAAAUGAAGUGGAUUAAAGCAGAAUGUACUAACCGUACUUGUAGUGUUGUAUUAAUAAGGUCUGUAAACAAGGUUUUACAAUAUCAAAUAAUGUGUGAACACUAGUUACAUGCAUGUAAAUAAUAAAUAGAGUUCUCUAACACAUAUCCCAUAUGGCCUGUUGGUGCUUUACAGUAAAAUUUGAUAUUGACUUCCCCACUCUGUCACUGUGUGGAAUUUUCAAAUACAGAUUCUGUGAGGCAUUAGCGGAAGUGUGAUAAGUACUUUUUGAUUGAGGGUUGUGAACCAAAACCAUAGUGAACAAAAUGUCUAAUUAGACCAAGAGCAAAUAUCACCAAUAAAUACCAAUGGGAUUUCAGAGUUAUUCACAUAACUAGAGGGAGGUAUGCAGGAAAACACAAGUGACUUAGUUUUAGUUUGUAUCUGAUUGGUUGAGAUUGUGGUGCAAGUACUCUAGAGCAAUCUUUGAGAAAAGUUGGGAAAAACCAAUGUACUCCUGUCAAUUACUUUGGACAUACACUUGAAAGUUGCUGCAAGAUCUGAUGGAAGAACACUACCUGGAUGUGUGCCAGUGUUGCUUGAAGCUUUUGUACUCCUUGUGGAUAAAGUGCCAUAGGCUUUCCUUUCUUCUUUCCUUUGUUUCAUUUUUACUGCAUUUCUUCACUGGUCUCAUACUUUGCUUCAUCUAAGUGGCCUUAAUUUUUUCUCUUUCUUUAUUAUUAGGGAACAUGUAAGAGCAGGCAUGAGGCACAAGGCAAGGGUGAUCAAAUCUAAGCUGAUUGGCCAUGGGCAUCUCUCCUCCCCCUUUAUUUUCCUUUAAAAGAGAAGGAAUUCUAUGUGAUUUGAAUUUACAGCACCAUAUUUUUAGAAAACUCUCAGUGAGCGGGAGAUAAGGCCACAACGUGGAACCAGAAGUUUAUCACCAUGUCGUUUUUUUUCUGGUUUUGAAACUGACCAAGCAACAAAUCAUAGAGUACUGGUACAUGUACAUAUAUGAUCCUGAUGUCAUUUCAUUCCCUUUGGUUCACAACUUGAUGAUCAACAAGAUGAUGUGUUUAACUCUGUUUUUAAUUGUAUUCUACUGUCCUUCUAACUGAUAUUAAAUCAAACAAGAAAAUCAACAUUUUUGUUCUU